CCCACUUUGUAAUACAAUGGCUUCUUUGCGCCCUAAAACAAUGACACGUCUUUUAGUCCGGAAUUAAGGCAUAAGGGCUCCGGUCCUUGCAUGUAUAUAUAUGCACAACACAUCCCUCUCUUUGCUCAACCCUCAGAUCAGCUCCUCACUCCCACCAUUUACAAUAACCCCAAACAACCCUAAUAUUAUCUCGUGAAGAAGAAGAAGAAGAUAGAGAGAUAUUUUGCAUAGAUAAUAAUAAUAGGUAGCUAGCCAGCUAGCUAUGUGCAACUCUAAGUCCUCUUCCCCAUCCUCACUUGUCUCUACUAACCAAACCCAUUUCUUCUCCUCCCAUAAGUCUCCCAUGGCUCCCCACUUUGAUGAUGAUGAUGAUCAAGAACAGCUUCAUAGAUGGCCAACCCCUAAAGAGGCUAUGGAGGAGAUAAAAGCCAUAGGGAAGAUUUCCGGGCCGACAGCCAUGACAGGGCUGUUAAUGUAUUCCAGAGCUAUGAUCUCCAUGCUUUUCCUGGGAUACCUCGGAGAACUCGAGCUGGCCGGCGGGUCCCUCGCUAUAGGGUUCGCGAAUAUCACCGGAUACUCUGUCAUCGCCGGGCUGGCUAUGGGGAUGGAGCCCAUUUGCGGCCAGGCUUACGGCGGGAAACAGAUGAAGCUUCUCGGGCUGACCUUACAGAGAACGGUGCUCCUCCUCUUAUCCACGUCCAUCCCCAUCUCCUUCUCGUGGAUGAACAUGAAGAAUAUUCUUUUAUGGUGCGGGCAGGACGAGGAAAUCGCGUCAAUGGCGCAUACUUUCAUCGUUUUCGCCAUUCCUGACCUGUUUUUCCUGUCUUUGCUCCAUCCUCUCAGGGUGUAUCUGAGGACGCAAGGCAUUACGCUGCCGCUGACCUACUGCUCGGCCAUUUCCGUUCUCCUUCACGUCCCGCUUAACUUUGUUUUGGUUAAGUAUUUCGAUCUGGGAGUGGCCGGGGUGGCUGUAGCUAUGGUGUUGACUAAUCUCAACCUUUUUCUCCUCCUCUGCUCCUUCGUGUACUUCUCCGGCGUUUAUAAGGAUUCUUGGGUGGGCCCCAGCUCCGACUGCCUACGUGGCUGGUCUUCGCUCUUGGCCUUGGCGAUUCCCACUUGCAUUUCCGUGUGUUUGGAGUGGUGGUGGUAUGAGUUCAUGAUACUAUUGUGUGGGAUUCUUGGGAAUCCUAAAGCUACGAUUGCUUCUAUGGGGAUUUUGAUUCAAACUACUUCUCUAGUUUAUGUUUUCCCGUCUUCUUUGAGCCUGGGAGUGUCGACUAGGGUCGGGAACGAACUCGGCGCGGGCCGGCCGGCCCGCGCGCGGAUUUCGAUGAUUGUUUCGCUAUUCUGCGCCGCCGGGCUGGGCGUGGCGGCGAUGCUAUUCGCGACCUUGAUGCGGCACAAAUGGGGGAGGUUCUUCACCGCCGACGAGGAGAUUCUUGAACUCACGGCCAUCGCAUUGCCCAUAGCCGGGGUGUGCGAGCUCGGAAACUGCCCGCAAACCACGGGGUGUGGGGUCCUGAGAGGCAGCGCGCGGCCCACGAUCGGCGCCAACAUAAACCUCGGCUCAUUCUACCUCGUCGGAAUGCCGGUCUCUAUCCUCCUCGGCUUCGCUCUCAAAAUGGGCUUCGCCGGCCUCUGGCUCGGCUUGCUCGCCGCUCAAGCCACCUGCGCCAUCCUCAUGCUCUGCGUGCUUUGCAGAACCGACUGGACUCUCCAAGCCGACCGAGCCAAAGAACUCACAAAAUCCCCUCCUUCUCCUUCUUCUUCUUCCCCGUCGCCGCCAUUAUCGCCACCGCCUUCACUAAAACCAAAUCUUGAAGACGGCUUAUGCAGCAAAGAUGAUGAUACGCUUGAAACGGAUCCUCUCAUUAUUAUUGUAAAUUAACCAUUAGAUUUAUAUAUAUAUAUAUAUUUACCUAGCUCCAUCAUAUCAUAUCAUAUCAGAUCAGAUCAAUUUUUCCCCACCCUAAUUAAGGUAGCCAGCCAGAUAUAUGCAUGAUGAUGGGUUGAUGUGAAUUUUCCAAACACAUAUACGGACUACUACUUCUUUUGGAUUUUUACCACUCCAUCAUUAUCACGUCAUCGUAUCCCUCAUUUUUACUGUAGCCUCACUCAUCUUCCCCACAUGCUCUAUAUAUAUACCUUUGUAUAAUAAUAAAUAAAGUAUUAAUAAUAUGCUCUUGUGUUGUUGAUGGGA